AUGGGAAUUGACCCGAGGCCGAUGUGGAUUGCGCAAAUGGCUGCCGAGGGGGCACUAAUCGCUUUGCAUAUGGGCGUUGUGUUGUCGGCAUUUAGUCGAUUUUGUGCGAUCGUGCAGUAUAGUCAAUAUAAAGCGGUUCUCUCACGGCGCGGCACUUUCACUUAUAUUGUCGUGCAAAUCGGAACUGCAUUCGUUGUCCGCUCCGUACUUCCACCCGGAAAUCAUCCGGAACGUACACAGGGUGGUACGAUAGAUCGUGAUACGAUGCUAACCUGCAUGAUCCACUUUGCCUGCGCCAGCGCGGCAGUCCUCCUCGCAGCCCCACUCUAUGCAAAAAGCCACCAAGCCUUAAACUCAAAUAACCGGAAAGGAUGGAAAAGCAGCGCCGUGAGAACGGCGGAAAUCCGGCGCCUCCGCUUUUGCUUGGCCGCGCUGAUAUUUCCGCUCUUUUAUUCGCUGCUCCAAUUGGUUCUCAUCGGGGUGUUGGUGAAGAAUCAUAAAGCUUAUCGAGAGAUAUUGAGGAUAUUGGGCUGGAUGCUGCUAUGCCUUUUUGUGACUUCCCAACCACUAUCAGUUGUUCUCUUCUCGUCGGUGCUACCAAAAUUCUCUAUCAUUGCGAGGAUACAAAAAUCGAAAUAUGCAUACGCUUCAACCCUAUCGUCGAACGACUUCCUAUUGGCGGCAGAAGUUCUUGCCUAUCGAAUCAACUCUUUUAACGACUACCCCUAUAUCGUAGUGGCUACAGAAGAUAUUACCAAUAAAUCGAUCGAAGCGCUAAAAAGUCUAAAUGUUACGGUAAUAGUGAAGCCAAAAAUUGAUACGCCGUAUAAGGCCAGUCACAAAGCUGCAAAAUAUCAGUAUACCAAAAUAUACCUUUGGUCGUUAACACAAUAUAAAAAGAUUUUGCACCUCGAUUUGGACACAAUUCCGAUGCGACCAUUGAGCGAGGUUUUCCAAUGUGGCUCCUUCUGCGCGACAUUCCGACAUUCCGAUCGGUUCAAUUCUGGCGUAUUUGUGUUAGAACCAAAUAUGACGGUCUACCAUGAUAUGCUCGAAAAAGUGGACCACUUGGUAUCAUAUGAUGGUGGAGAUCAAGGGUUCCUGAACACCUAUUUUGACCAACUAAAGUAUGCCCCCAUGUUUGAUGGAAGUUCAUUAUCUACAAAAUUCCCACGUCCAGAUGGUCUUCGAACACUUUCUUGGUCUUACAACUAUGAUGUAGGAAUCUACUACAUCACCGGCGGCCGUCUCCUACUCCAACCAAAAAUCAUGCAUUUCACGCUCGGACCCGUCAAACCGUGGCUCUGGUGGAGUUACCCGAUCUUCAAUUUGAAUUGGGAGUGGCUGGCUGUUAGAACAGCUAUGGAAGCCGAGGUAUUCGCACCUAGAAAUGAUUUCUAUCUACUUAUUGCCAGCUCUUUCUUGGUCGGCAUUUUCUAUUCGAUCUAUCAGAUUUUACAUUUUUAUUGGCAUGGGAAAUAUUCAAAGGUCGAGUUAACGAAAGCGGAAGAAUUGCUGAUACCUAGCUUCAUCUUUUGUGGCGGGAUCCUGGCGGCUUUUCAAAUAAUUCCUACGCAAACGCAUCCGUCAGUUGCGUGGACGUUUUUCUUUGUAAAUAUGAUCUUAUGGCAAGUAUUCCUAGCCGGCUGCUACCGUAGCAUCCGCUCCGGCCUCCGCCUCCCCAUCUGUGAAUGUGCUCGUUUUUGCUGUAUCAGCCUCUGUAUCUGCUGUGGUCUCUGGAUGGCCCUCCUUUCCGUUUCUAACUUCUAUCUCCGUUCCCUGCUCCUCCUCUCUGCCGGCCCUUCCGGCGCCAUCUCCAUUUUCUUCCUAUUAAGACGAUUAAUGGGAAUGGACAAGCAUUAUCGUGUCUCUUAUGCUCUUAUCGAACAGAUUCCUCAAAUGGUCAAACUCGCCAAG